AUGACGCUCUGCGAGGACUCGGACUUGGCAGAACAAAUGCAGCGACAGCGAGCAAACUUUGAGCAGUGCCAGGAGAGGCACAGUAGCUCACGUGCAAAGCUGUGCAGCUUCGCACAGAGCGAGGAGCCCGUGAGCAGCCCGGUGGGGAAGCUCGGAGGCUGCUCCGCUCUCCGCAUCAAGGCCGUUCACGGGGCGGAGCCGGGCCACUGCAGCCUGUGCCGGCGCACGUCGUUCGUGGGGCGGCGACACGUGUACAGCGCCGCGCACCGGCAGAGCCUGCAGCUCGCGCUGCGCCGCCUGCACGACAAGGUGGAGGCGGCGCGGGCGGCGCUGGGCGGCGCGGCCGUGCGGCCCGAGCACCGGCGCGCCACGGAGCGCUUCUGGCGGGAGCACCGCGCCGAGGCGGCGCUGCGGCCGCGCUUCCUCGUCACGGCCGAGGAGUACGCGCGCUUCAGCGAGGCACUCGCGCGCGCGCUGGCCGCCCACGAGGAGCGGGAGGACGAGCGCAUCCGGGAGAUGGCGGCGCGGAUCCGCGAGGCGGAGCGGCGGCAGCAGGAGACCGUGCGGGCCGCCCUCGAGGUGGGUCGCGCCCGCCGCGGAGCCGCAGAGCCGCAGCCCCUCGAGGGACCUGCUCGCCGCGACGGCGCCGGGCAGCAGGAAAGGGACAGCGCUCGCGAUGCGGAGCAGCCAGGCCCAAGUGGGAUGCAGGAGGUACCUGAUCUGAACUGGAUGGAACCAGGCCACACUUUGACCUUUAUUGGCCACCAGGAAACAGAAGGGAAGGGAAAUAUUCACACAGGAGCCAAACCUCCCUGGCUAAUAGAGGAAGAGGAGGAGGUAGGAAGUCAACAGCAAAUUGGACCAUCGUAUGAGGAAUUUCUCAAAGAGAAGGAAAAGCAGAAACUGAAGAAGCUCCCAGCAGAUCGAGUCGGUGCCAACUUUGACCAUAACUCUGAGACGGGCGCCAGCUGGCUGCCUUCCUUCGGGCGGGUUUGGAACCAGGGCCGCAGGUGGCAGUCCAGGCAUCAAUUUAGAGCUGAAUCGGGGGAAAAGAAGAAAAGGUGAUCAAGGAAAGAGCACAGCAGAGACUGAGCUCAGAGCCUUGUGAAAAGGUAGAGCAGCAGUAGCUGCAGCUGCAUCAACACCGCUGCUGCUGCUGCCAGGUUUGGCUCCAGGUGCCCUGCAGUUGUGUCCAGGUCCCCAAAGGGCAGGGAGGCCCCAGGACAAACCCCUGGGCUGAAGAGUUUUGCUGGCGGCAACUCUGCCAGGAGAUGUAGCACUGGAUUUGUUCCCCUUGUAAGGGAUGCAUAGUACCCAGCCAGGCCUUGCAUUUUCAAGCCCUGAAUUAUGCGAAGGCAAAAGUUGCCAGCAAGGGGCAAGGGCAAGGGUCUCCUGCCUGGCUGCUACUGGUUUUUUUUUGU